AUGGACGAGCUGGCGGGGAUGAUGCAGGACCUGCUGAGCCAGAAUCAUGCCCUGCGUCGGGAGAACAACGAGCUUAUGGACCAGGUGCGGCGGCUGCUGUGCGAGAAGGCCAACCUGCUGGCCCAGGUGCGUCCGCCCACCUGCCCCGUGGCCUUCCCCGAAGCGUUUAACGGCGACUCGGCCCGGCUCCACGACUUUCUGAUCGAGGCGGCCUCUUACAUGAACUUCUUCGAGGCCAGGUUCUCCAACGACACCCUGAAGGUGGCGUUUUUAAUCAGCCGCCUCUCGGGGCCGGCCGAGCAGUGGGUGGUCCCCUACAUCGAGGGGGAGAGCCCCAUCCUGGGGCAGUACGAGGACUUCGUGGCCGCGCUGCGGCGGGCCUUCGGCAGGAAUCGGUAG